AUGGCCUCUAAAGACCAGCGCGCGGGGCCACCUCCCGCAUCAGACUCGAGGGACCAAGCGCCGGAAGACGUGGAAAACAUCCAAAACCCCGCGAUGGAUAUUCUAUCUUUGACUCGUGCUGUCAAGGCGAGAAAGGCAGAGUUUACUCGCCGGCGGACAAUCCGGGUAAAAAUCGGGACGUGGAAUGUGGCAGCUAUUUCCGGAACGGAGAAGGACGUCGGCAAGUGGUUCGUUCAGGGCCAAGGAGUCUGUGAGAAUUUCUCCGGUGCCAAGGGGGAGCAGUUCGAGCAUGCAGGAGCGUCAGAAGGUUCUCUACCUAGUGAAAAUGAGGGAGAUCAGAAGAAGAAGCCAUUCCAAACUAGUCCAGAGGAGAUCGAUCUUUACGUCUUGGGGCUGCAGGAAGUUGUCGAUGUUUCAUGGAAGGAGUCGGUUCACAAAGCACUCCCUCCUGGGUACAAGCUUGUUUCUGAAGUCCAGCUGAUGGGGCUUCUUUUGCUAAUCUAUACGUCACCUUCAAUUGGAGAUAGCGUCUCUUCAAUUAGCAGUACAUAUGUUGGUACUGGACUGAUGGGAUAUAUGGGCAAUAAAGGUGCUGUUGCAACUCGCUUGGUCCUCGGCGAAACAACCCGUCUGGUAUUUGUGAAUAGUCAUCUCGCAGCCGGCUCCGAUAAAAGCAGUCUGGAGCGACGCAACUGGGAUGCAUCUCAAAUUGCCUCGCGCGCGAAAUUCGAACCCGUAGAUGGGGAGAAGGGUACUGGAGAUGACUCCUUUGAUAGCAUUGGUGACGAGGACUUUACCUUCUGGUUUGGCGAUCUAAACUAUCGCGUGGAUGACAUUCCUGGAAAUGAUGUGCGGCAAGUCCUGGCGCGUCACACAAUUAAUGCAUAUGAUACUGCAUUGCAAGAGAUAAAACAACAGUCGGGAAAUCGACGAGGCUCCACUACUGCCGAUGUUGAGAAUCAGCAACCGACCUCACUACCAGAAGAUGACGAACUGCCAGAGCCGGUGACAGAUGAGGAGAUUGAUCCUCGUAAUGACCCCGCAUCUCUGCAGACAACUAUCUCCUCGCUGGUUGUGCAUGAUCAAUUGCGAGUACAACAGCAAUUGGGAACUGCGUUCCAUAAAGGAUGGCGUGAGGGUCAAAUUACCUUCUUGCCCACAUACAAAUAUGAUAUUGGCAGUGUGGCCAUGUUCGACACAAGUGAGAAGCAUCGUGGCCCUAGCUGGUGUGAUCGGAUUCUCUAUCGUACCCGGCGCGACAAGCUCAAGCACGAGCAACUUGAUCGGGAGGCCGAGGCUGCUCGGAUAAGAGACAAAGAAAUGGAGGCGCAGGGUCUUGACAAGGCCGUCGCCGAUGAUAACGUUCUUUUUGACUAUGAUCCAGAAGUUGAUGGAGCGGAUGCAGGUGGCAGCGUAGAAGAAUACAUCUCAGAUGAAGAUCGGGCUGAUGUAUCUUCAGUUGCAUCCGAAGAUUCAUCACCGGAUGAUCCGAUUCGACUAAACCAUUAUGUAUCGCAUCAAGGGAUCCUCUCUUCAGACCAUAAGCCCUUGGAUGCAGUAUUUACGUUGACAUUUGAUGCUGUCCAUCCCGGUCUGAAGGCUAAAAUUCACCAGGAGGUAGUUCGUGAGCUCGACAAGGCUGAGAAUGAAGCUCGUCCUGGCCUCACAGUUGUUGUGGAUGUUCCUCAUGGUGAAAAAGACAAAGAGCGAGAUCCAAAUACUGUCGACUUUGGGGAUGUUCCCUUCGACGUCGCGGUCCGCCGAGGCAUAACGAUCGCAAAUACGGGUGGUGCGCCGGCUACUUUUCACUUUGCAGAACGACCUAGUCUUAGCGAUGAGCAUAAAACGGAAACACCUUCAUGGCUCGAUGUACUAGUGGAGCGAUCUUCUGACGACCAUGCAAAUCAGCCCGCCAUCGCAACUUAUGGGAGGUCUUAUAGUCUGCUGCCAGGUGAAGUGGCCAACGUGGAAAUCACGGCACACGUUCGGAAUAUUGAGCAUGUGCGCCUCCUCAACCUGAGGAAGGUCAAAUUAGAAGAGAUUUUGGUGCUCCAUGUUGAUAGUGGACAAGAUCACUUCAUCUCUGUCGCUGGUCGUUGGCUCCCGACAUGCUUCGGCUGCAGUGUUGACGAGUUAACCCGCAUGCCCGAGGACGGUGCUCGGAGUCUUGAAACAGAGAGAGGACAACGCCCAUCUCAAUCAGACUCGGAAGUGCGACUCUCCGCACCUCGCGAGCUGUUCCGACUGACAGAGGCAAUCUCCGAAUUAGUUGAGCGUGCUGUGGCAGAAUGGAGCAUGAUGAAGGGUGAAUCCGGGGACGUAGCACCUUGGAAUAUCGAUCCAUCGGGAACUGGAUGGCCUUUCCAGCCUGAUACCUGGACUUUGCAAGAUCAAUACGAGCGUGCCCUUCUUUCCGUCUCUGUUCGUGAUUCUCUCGACACCAAUCAGUCCUUAACAUCUAUAUUUGCUCCGGAAGUUCCGUCUCUUCAUCGAUUAGAGAUUCUCUCCGGUACUCUUCUUACCUUCCUGAAUUCUCUCAGCGAUGGAAUCGUCACCGCAUCUGUUUGGCAAAAUAUGGAACAGCAAAUAAUCGCACGAGAAAAAUCCAAAGCUCCUUUAAGAUCCUGGGAAGAGAUCCAAGCAUGGGUAUUGGAAAGUCUAGCAUACUCGCCAGCUCACAGUGUGUCAUUUACCUUCGUCACUUUCAUGCUUGCCCGCAUCGCCAACGAAGUUGCUCCCGUUCCAUCAAUCCAGCAACAUUCCACACCACCUACAACCCCAUCAAAAUACAAGAAGCAAUUAGUCGACCUUACCAAAUCCUCUAAGGAUAGUAAGGAUAAAAAGGAAGACAGCAAAGAUGCUGAUCAGAACUCAGCCGACAAGGAACCUGAUUCUGAAAAUCGCAAAUCAAGUCUCUCCCAACCACCCACCCCGGCUUCUGCUGCAGCAUUUAUCUCAGCUGGUAGCUUCCGGCGCAAGAAUUCGACUCCGAAUUCUGACUCCUCGGGUAACCAGCCCACAAAUCAAUCUGCUGCAGCGCGACGCCAGGCUGUUGAAAUAGCGCUUGCAUCUAUCUUUUCACGGGUACUUAUUUCAGCGGACGUGCCAACACCGGCGAAAGAAAAGGAACGUAAGGCCUCUGAUGAGCGGAAGAGAGGAAUUAUUGAACCCUUUUUGAAGAUGAUUGGAGUUGAUGAGAGGGGACCUUCUGGAGGGAGAGCUUGA